AUGGGUUCUUCUAAUAUUGAUUCAAAUAACUCUGUCGAUCUUAUUAAUCCUGUUGAGGAAAGUUCUUCAAUAGAUCUUGUAAAAGGAACUGAUGAUAGAUGUGCAAUUUGGAAGUUCUCAUUAAUUGGAAGAUUUGAUCUAGUUCGAUUAAAAUUUUCUGAAGUUGUUUUGGAUCUAAAAAGUCAGUGGAAAUUAACUGGUCAAUGCAAAAUGAUUCCAUUAGGAAAAGGAUUUUUUACAAUCAAACUUGAUAAUGAGAAGGAUCAAGGAUACAUAAAAGCUGGUAAAUGGGAAGUUCGUCAUCAGGAAUUAUGGAUUAGGAACUGGAUACCUAAUUUUCGUCCAGAAAAUCAUCGUACUUCUUUUGCAAAUAUUUGGGUUCAUUUUCCAGGAUUAAGCUUAGAGUACUGGGAUGAACAAACAUUAUUUACCAUUUGCAAAGCUUUGGGUACUCCUGUUAAAGUAGAUGAAGCUACCUUAAAUUUUGAAAGUGGAUUAUAUGCAAGAGUCUUAGUCAAUAUUGAUUUGGCAAAGAAAAUUCCACAUAAUCUUUGGAUCAAAACAAAAUUUGGAGGGUUUAUGCAAGAUGUUUUACUUACAAACCUUCCAAAAUUCUGCCAUAACUGCAAAAUUGCAGGUCAUUUUCAAUUUGAGUGCAGAGUAAAGAAGGUAUCACAUGAAACACGUACUCAACAAAACAUCAGUAAUUCUCCACUGGUGGGUUCCACAUCAAAAAAUCAAGAUAACAAUGAUUCUCAGAAAUUACAGGAAGUAAACAAGAGCACUACUUCUCCUACAUCAACUCCACACCCAACAAAUGGUGAGAAGUUUGAUAUUUAUUUUACCCCAGUAACUAAUAUUAAUCCACAAAAAUUUAUUCCUCCACAUUCCAGUCAUGCACUCAAUAUUACUUCAGGAAGAUUUGGUUCAUUAAAUACAGUUGUUAAAGAAGAAAUUGUUAUCAAUAUGACUGAGGAAAGAACUAUUAUAGAUCCAACAAGAAUAUCACAAAUAGCUGAAGAUAAUACAGUGGAAAAAAGUGUGAUCAAUUUCAUUAGUGGGAAGUAUGGUUCAAUAUCUGAAGAAAGAAUUCCUAUCACAACUUGGUCAAAAGUGAUUCAAAAACCAUCUGCAUCAAAGGCAACCAGCUCAACUGAACAAAUACAACAAGCAGACCCAAAGGUAAAAUUCCUCUGA